AUGUUAUUUCUAUUAUUAUUAUUAUUAUUAUUACUAUUAUCAUUCUGGAUUGUACGGGCUGUUCCCAAGGAAAGAGAAGGUGAGAGAAUUAUAGAGCCGACUAUAGUUAAAGAAAGCUUCAAUAGUCAUGCCCUUGUUACUAUCAUACUUCCCACUUUUAAUGAUCCAGUAUUAGCAUUACGAAAGUGGUUCCGUCCUUCUUCAAAGAUGUCUGAUGCUGUGUGUGCCUUGGACGAAAACAAUUCUUCAUUUAUUGAAGUAAACGUUGUCGUUGUACAAAUGUCUAUGUCUCACAGAAAAGAAAAAGAAGCAUUAAAUAAAAUUAUGCAGACUUUGGCAACUGAGUUUCCAGAGAGAACAUUGACAACAAAUUCCGGAUUAUUUCCUGGUAUAAAAGAUGAAAUAUGGAAUUCUUGGAGUUUUUCUGCUGGUAGUAAUAAUACUGCGUUUUGUAGUUGUGUUAAGGCGGUUGUAUAUGUUUCUCACUCAACAACAAGAAGUCAUUUCAAUUCUCUGCAUGGAUAUGAUGCCUUUGAUAAAUACGUGGAUUUAGGCCUCACAGCCUUUCCUCUUCGCACAAAGUACUUUCUUGUUCUUGCAGAUUUUUUAGUUCCCGUGUUGUGGACUGAGAAGAACCUAAAUGCGACUCCACAUGAUUCUGGUGGGUUUAUGCAACAACUCUUGUCAACAGCAUCACGGAAUGAGGGACGAGUGUCGGCGGUGCAGUGCAGUAUUUUGUCUAAACGACCCUUCUCAAAUAGUAAAAGGAAUAGAGAAAAUACAACGAAUAAGAGUGGAACUCAAAUGAGAGAUACCGUAGUAGUAGAAGAAGAAAGAAGAAGAAGAAAAGGAAUAUUCCCAUGGCAACAACUUGGUGAGGGUGGUAUAUUUUUACAGCAAGAGGAACCGACGUUUCCAGUGAUUCUCCAACGUUACUGGGAAGAACGUAAUAAAACGUAUAUUGCAGAUUACAUUACUUUAGAUAAGGGAGUAUUUGUUAGUUAUGGGGGUAAUUGGAACCGCACCGUUAAUGGUCUUUUCUUAACUCGAUGGUUUAAUGGAUACAACGCAUUAGAUGAACGAGUACAGACCUGGGAAGGGCGUGUAGAUGCUGUAUCUUCAUUUUGUACAUUAUUUCAUCGUGGUGUGUAUGAUACUGUAGGUGGAUUUAUGCCUUCUAUGCGAAAAAAUACGUCUAGUAGACUUGGGACAAGAGGAUGGUCUUUAGUUCGGGAAACAGUGUUACCAAAUGAUCCAGAGAAGGAUAAUUUUCUUGUACAGAAAUGGGGUCUUCAAAAUAGUUUUCCUACACUCUGGCCAGAUAUUAUGCAAGCAGAUGAUAUGAUGGGAUGGGAUUUUUCUUUUAGGUUACAAAGUAAAUUACCAGAUUGGGAGGUAUGGAGUAGUAAAGCAAUGGCGAUUGCAUGGACAAUUCCAAUGGAACGUGUAAAUAGGUUUCGUAAUGUAAAACCUUUUUUUAAUAUCAUCUCAGAAACAAUGGAAAAUAUUAUCCUUUCUUAUUAUACACCUUCAUUUGUUUUAACUGGAGAUUUUGCUAAACGAUGGGGAACUUUUGCAGGAGAAUUAUUUCAUAGGAGAGCAGGUGAACCACUAUCACAAAAAAAGAUUCCUUUAACAAGAAAUAUUGAAGAAAAAGAAAAAUUACCAAUUAUUGAAUUACGUGUUUUAGCUAAUUACGGAGUUACCCGAUGUUCUGGAAUGAUGAUGGAAGGUACACAUUACUUUAUACCUUUACAACAACGUCUUUUGGUAGUUUUAUGGGGAUAUCGUUCUUUAUGGUGUCCUGGUAUACCACAAGGGGCAAUGGAUGCACUGUAUCGCACACAAAUGGGAAUAAAUCGUUGGGGACACUUGGCCGCAUGGCGUCAGGAGCCAAUAGAAAAGGAAGAAGAAGAAGAAGAAAUAGAGAAUGAAGUGGAUAAAUUAAAAAUUGGUACAACUAUUAAUACUUCAGAACAUAAUAUAUAUGAAAAAAAUUCUGUUGUAUACAUUACAUUUCUACACAAUAGUCCUUUUUAUGUUGAUUUUAUACCAUUGGAUCAGGUGUUUUCUGAAUAUAGGAUCGCUCGUAUUCUAACUGAAAAUUCAAAGUUGUUGAAAAAACAUGUGGAUAGUAUAAAUACUUAUCUUGAUGAACUUUGGGUAACAUGUGACUUUUUUAAAGAAGUCUAUAAACGUUCAGGGGUACGAGAAGAAUUAAUUCACGUGAUACCAGAGUCUGUAGAUCCAUAUAUAAUUGAUCCAACUCAUUUUACUCCCUUUGAUGGUCCUCCUGAGGAAUGGAUACAAAGUCAUAACGGAAGUAGAGUAGAUUAUUGGACAAAUCGACCUGAUAAUGAAUCUUUAUUAAUAAAAAAACGUUUUAUUUUCCUUAGUGUUUUUAAAUGGGAACCUCGAAAAGGAUGGGAUAUCUUACUUUCAGCAUAUUGGAAAGCGUUUGGACCUGGAACCCCCCUUCAUGAUGAUGUAUGUCUAUACAUAAAGACUACAUUUUUAAAAGGGUUUUCCUCAGUUUCGACGAAAGAAGAUUUGGAGCGAACACUAUGGAAUUGGGCUAUGCAUACAGCAAAAAUAUCUAACUUUACCUCAUUGAGUCAAUUUCCACGUUUAGUGAUAAUCUACGAAGGUGAUCUCCGUACAGAUGAUAUGUACCGCCUUUAUCGAAGUUCAGAUGCCUUUGUACUCCCAACACGUGGAGAAGGAUGGGGUGUACCAGCAAUGGAAGCAAUGUCGAUGGAGCUUCCGGUGAUAACGACCAAUUGGGCAGGAUCUACAGCAUUCGCAACACGAGAUAAUUCUUUUCUUAUUCCUCUUGAUGGACUUGAAGAACUGCCUAAAGACAGUGCAUAUGGAAGUAUUGAGGGUAGGAAAUGGGCUAUACCAAGCGUCAAUGCGACCGCAGAGUUAAUGGUGUAUGUUGUGCAAAAUAGAGAACAUGCAAGAAUUGUUGGGAAACGUGCUCGUCAAGAUGUUGUUAAGAUGUUUUCAGAAGAGGUGGUUGCCGAUAUGAUUAAUGAACACCUCCGUGAUAUUGCGCGAAAGGUGGUACAAGAACGAAAGAACAAGUGGUCUUGGUUAAGGAGGACACCAUAA